AUGCCGGUGGCGGGCCCUUCCGUAGUCGCGGCGACAGCGGUCGACGCUGUCGCCGCUGCUCCCGAGCCCGACAUGGCCCGGCUGCAGCGGGACGGCUUCCCGCCUGGCUUGGCGUUUGAGAUGCACAAGUCGUCGCAAGCCUUCCCGCUGCGCAUCUGGGUGGUGGACAACAGUGGCUCGAUGAAUGCGGGCGGCGGCUCGCGCAUCGUCAAGAGCGGUGGCAAGCUCGCCCGCGUCGGCGCCACCCGCUGGCAGGAGCUCGGAGACGCCGUGGUGAUGGCCGCCACCGUGAGCGAGACGCUGGGCGCACGGACUGACUUUCAGCUCCUCAACCCCACGCCCGCCGGCCAGACCUUCAGCGUCUGCGCGGGCGGAGGCAGCCACCUGCCCGUCCCCGCGGGCGUGGCUUGCGACGUCCCGAGGCUCAAGCAGGUGAUGGGCGACUCUCCGCGCGGCACCACGCCGCUCACCGAGGCGGUCGAGAAGAUCCUGGCCAACCUCUCGCCCGCCGCGGACAAGCUGCGAGCGCACGGCCAGCAAGUGGUUGUCGUGCUGGCGACCGACGGCCUGCCCAACGACGCCAGCUCCUUCCUCGCCGCGCUGCAGCGGCUGCAGCGGCUGCCCGUCUGGAUGGUGGUGCGGCUGUGCACGGACGAGGACUCCGUCGUCGACUACUGGUCGAACCUCGACCGCUCCCUCGAGGCGCCGCUCGAGGUGCUCGACGACCUCAAGGGCGAGGCGGAGGAGAUCGCGAAG